AUUUAUGUAAGGCAGUAAUGCAGAAUGAUUGCAAGGCUGAUAUUAGGAAAGUUGGGAAUUAUGUACCACAUGACGUGGCAGUAAAUUUUGCAAAUCUAAAUAACGAGCAAGUCGAGGUCAAAUCUUGUCUAAAACUGCAAUGGAUAUAUUUACUGGAUUUAUACUUACGUGUUUUUUACUCAAUAACGUACAAUAUGUAUCGUCCGCUUGUGAUAGUCCAGAACCACCUAGUGUUGAUAACAUGACCGCUGUUUUGGGAUAUUUAGAUUUUGUAUUUGAUUGCGAAACAUGGGUCGUGUACGUGAACGUUUCGUCUUGCAAGCUUGAAAAACUCGGUUUAACGAGCAUAGACGGCGUAUUUAUCGAUGCUUCUUCCAGUAUCAAUAUUGCGAACGUUGGAAGUACAUGUCAAUUUACAUUAGAUGCGGUCAAUGAAGUUUACUAUGCCGUUUUUAACUGGAAUGAGUGUAACCCAACUAUUGCUGAAGACGCUAAUUUCGUCAGAACGUUUGAAUAUUUCUUGCACAUGAAGCUGGGAAAUUGGAAUAUUAAUGACGUCAUAAUAAAAAGAGACAACAUUGCUUCAAUUUCCAUCACUUGCUCCUACCUAGUUGGGCCGGAUAUGACGUUGGGCGCGAUAGACCCCGAGCAAGUGAGUUACCAAUUGACUGAUCAGAUUUCCACUGGUUCGUACUCCGUCAGAAUGAAAGCAUUUGCAGACAGUUCACUCACAAAUUCACUGAGCUCUGAUAAUCGUCUCGUCACUGUUCCAGAUUUCUUUUACAUUAAAAUGGUUAUCAAGAAGGCUGGUGUCGGAUUGAUAUUACAAGCCGAAUAUUGCUGGGCCACGCCUACGUCAGACUCAACGAAUAGUGAAAGGAUCGAUUUAAUUGUUGGCGGAUGUCCUGAAGCAACAUUAUACGCAGAUUCCGGAGUAACCGUGACUGAAAACUAUGCCUCUGAUACAGUUGUGUUCGGAGUGCGUUCGUUCUUGUGGACUGGGUUCUCUGUAUCCGGACAGGAAAUCUAUGUUCACUGCAGUCUAGCGUUCUGUGAUUCAACUGCACAGACGGGAUGUACGACACAAAGUUGUUCCGCAAGAAAAAAGCGCAGUAUCUUUUCCACGGGACUACGACACGGGACAGAACAGCAGCAGGGAAGGACAAAUUAUACUUCAUCUGCAAUAUCUCCAAUAUCAAUUGCAAUAAAGGACUCUAUCUGUUUGAAGGAACCGGUUGAAUGCGAGCAGAUAUGCACUGUCAUUAACGGUUCGCGAGCUUGUAGAUGCUACUCAGACUAUCAUUUGCAAAACGAUGACCAAACGUGCCUGAGAAAAGACCUUGACGAGAUGCCGACUUCAACAGUUCCACACAGAACCAUUCCUUCCAUUUUGCGAAAAUGGAAAUUAGUAAUCGAAAACGCAGAGAACAUCGACGUCGAAGGUCUAAAGAUGUCCGCCAUUGUUGUCUGCAUGUUUGCCGUAUUUGUUGUGCUCUUAUACGCCGCCUGCCGGUACUGCAGAACCGUGAGAGCGAGUAAUCUGGAAAACCUUGGAAAUUUGCCACAAGAAAAGAUACCUCUAUGUGAAAAUGCUUAAUCUGUUUAUUUCCAAUAUAAUACAUAAAAUAUACGCAGAUACUAUGUUAUAGAAUUUCUUUACAUCUACAAAACAAAACAUAUGAAAAUACGUGAAUUUACUAUUA